GCAAGUAUGUACUUUUACUUACGCUUACGUUUUUAAUGAAAUCUGGCUAGAUUUAGCGGUUUUUGGCGGGUUAAAUAUACUAUUAGUAUUGAAUUUUUAUUAAAAUAUAACAAUGGGAGAUAAAGAUGGUGAAACUUUUGACGAUGCUGUAGAAGAAAGAGUUAUCAAUGAAGAAUAUAAAAUAUAAAAAAAUACUCCAUUUUUAUAUGAUCUUGUAAUGACACAUGCUUUGGAAUGGCCAUCUUUAACUGCUCAAUGGUUACCAGAUGUAACUAGACCAGAAGGAAAAGAUUAUUCAGUACAUCGUCUUAUUUUGGGAACUCAUACUUCGGAUGAACAAAAUCAUUUACUUAUAGCUAGUGUACAAUUACCAAAUGAAGAUGCUCAAUUUGAUGCAUCUCAUUAUGAUAAUGAAAAAGGAGAAUUUGGAGGAUUUGGUUCUGUUAGUGGAAAAAUAGAAAUUGAAAUAAAAAUAAAUCAUGAAGGAGAAGUAAAUAGAGCACGAUAUAUGCCACAAAAUCCAUGUGUAAUUGCAACUAAAACACCAUCUAGUGAUGUCCUUGUAUUUGAUUAUACAAAACAUCCAAGUAAGCCAGAUCCUAAUGGUGAAUGUCAACCUGAUCUAAGAUUAAGAGGACAUCAAAAAGAAGGUUAUGGUUUGUCAUGGAAUCCAAAUUUAAAUGGAUAUUUACUCAGUGCAUCUGAUGAUCAUACAAUUUGCUUAUGGGAUAUUAAUGCACCUCCUAAAGAAAAUCGUGUUAUAGAUGCAAAAACAAUUUUUACUGGACAUACUGCUGUUGUUGAAGAUGUAGCAUGGCAUUUGUUGCAUGAAUCUUUAUUUGGAUCUGUGGCAGAUGAUCAAAAAUUAAUGAUUUGGGACACAAGAUGUAAUAAUACCAGUAAACCAAGUCAUACAGUUGAUGCUCACACUGCUGAAGUCAAUUGUUUGAGUUUUAAUCCAUAUUCAGAAUUUAUUCUUGCAACUGGCAGUGCUGAUAAAACAGUAGCACUUUGGGAUUUAAGGAAUCUUAAAUUGAAAUUACAUUCUUUUGAAUCUCAUAAAGAUGAAAUUUUUCAAGUUCAAUGGUCCCCACAUAAUGAGACAAUAUUAGCUAGCAGUGGAACAGAUAGACGUUUACAUGUAUGGGAUCUCAGUAAAAUUGGUGAAGAACAAUCCAGUGAAGAUGCUGAAGAUGGACCACCUGAGUUACUGUUUAUUCAUGGUGGUCAUACUGCUAAAAUCAGUGAUUUUUCAUGGAAUCCUAACGAACCAUGGGUCAUAUGUUCUGUAUCAGAGGACAAUAUAAUGCAAGUAUGGCAAAUGGCGGAAAAUAUUUAUAAUGAUGAGGAACCGGACACACCAGCGAGUGAAUUGGAAGCUGGCGCGUCAUAAAAUGUAUAACAAAAAUAACCGAUUAAAUUAUUUCAUACUGAAAUUUUCUAACAUGUACACAUAUAUACGUGUGUUCACAAAAUCAAUCCCAUUUAGGAUUAAAAAAAAAAUCGGUAUUUUAAUUAAACUGAAUUUAUACAUUUAAACGAAAAAGAUCAUCGAGAAGCAAUAAUACCUAUUUUUACUAUCAAUCUUAUGUCUGCUUAUAUACAUACAUGUAUAUUAAUUCCAUAUAUAUUUCCAUAAUAAGUGUUGCAUAUAAAUAUUCAAUAUUUUAUAGAAAUAAUUGAUACUUCAUUGACUCUAAUAUGAUAUAUACAUUAUGUAUAAAUUUAUACAAAAAGUUUUUUUUCUAUAGAUUCUGUAAUGUGUUGUAAAUUUUUAUGUUUAUAUAUAAAAUUUUGUGUAUUAUGCAAUAGAACAAGUGUAAAAUGAUUUUCAACU